UAGAAACGCAAAUAAAAUUGUGCCUACAACUUGUAACUGAUAAAGGAGAAAAGGUUCCAUUAUGGUCACAUCUAAGAUUGCCUGAAUACAUGGUUGCCAAAGAAAAACUUAAGACAAAAAAUGCGAGGAAUCCGCAGGAUAGCGCCAUGAACAUUUCAGAAAAGGGUGUUUUAAAUUUAGAAGCUACGGUUGUAUGUGCGAGUGAAAUGCCAAAAAAAGUACUCACAUGCCUUGGUUGUGUUCAACGUGAGCAACGCAAAAUUCUUUUGUUCAAUUGCAGUGAGAUUGUAGAUUUUAGUAGUGGCGAUACCAUCUUACCGACAAGGAUCACUUGUUAUUGUCGCCAUCAUAAUGAAAAAGUUGGAUUUUGUAUAUAUUUUGUAAUGAAAGAUUAUGCUAAUGCGAUUAUCGCGACAGGAAUGUCACCUCCUAUUAUGAUAACAGACGAUCACAAGUCAUCUAAAACUAAAGUAGGCGCUGGACGAAAACGUCCAAAAGCAGAAUAUGAUCGUCGUACAAAUGCAGUGUCUAGUAAUGCUACAAAGAACAAAAUUAAUAGCGAAGUAUCAAGUGUAGCUUCAUUCUCGCCUACUCCAAGUGGUGAAUCACAUGCAACAUCGUCUGUAAUGUCACCGAACUCUAAAUCAUCUGAGGUACCAUCAUCUCCUUCAACCCUCGCCCGGAAUUCAGACUCUAUUUCACCAAUAAAACAAGAAAAAACUAGCACAAACAGACAGCAAUUACAAAUUCAGUCAUCACUGACAUUUCAAUCUCAAUCAUCACCUACUUCACCUUUAUCACCUGUGUCACCUGUUACCCCCAUUACAACUAGUGUACCAAACACGCCUAAUGUACUUAAUGCCCCUCGUACUUCAUUUCCAAACACUGAUCAAGUUGCAACUAUAGCUACAUCUAAUCCUCAAGCUGCAUAUCCUAUUUUAGCUAAUAAUAAUUCAUCAAAUGUUGUUUUAUCUAUGGCUCCUGCGCAGAUAAACUGUGUUAAUGUAAAUUCGUUAUACCAACAACAACGAUUGCAUCCAAACAUUGGCGGUAUCGGUCAUUUUAAUGUUGUAAAUCCACAUCACAAUGGGGGAGGUCCCAUGCGAAUACACAAUUCACACAACCACAGUACGAUUUUGAGGAGGCCUUUCUAUAAUGCUGCUGGAAAUACAAUAUAUUCAAAUAGUACAUUUAAUGGGUUCUCAUUACCAAGGAUAAGCAGGUUGAUUCCUUCUGAGGGUCCUACAUACGGUGGUGUUGAAGUGACCGUGUUAGGAAGCAAUUUUUAUGAUGGGCUUACAUGUGUAUUUGGUGAAACACCUGCAAUUCCAACCCAAUAUUGGUCACCAAACACACUU